ACAAAUAAUCCACAAAGACUGGUUAACAUUAGACUUAAACGACCUUUUUGAAUUUUCUUCUGACAGAUCCGAAUAAUAGGUCAAUGGGAUCAUUGUUUAUUAGAUUUUAGAAAUGUUUUCCAGACAUAUUACUGCAGCUGUUGGUAUUUCAAGUUUUUGCCUUGGAAUAUGGAUAGAUAGAAAGUAUAGGGAAUUAAAUGCAUCGCAUAGAAUACCAGGAUUUAAAAUAUUUGAUGCAGUGUAUGCCGAUGGCAUUGUGACUAAUAAUCAAGAACUAAUCAUUAAUAAUGAACAGCGAAUAUCGCAGAUUAUGAAGUAUGGAUUUCCAAGUUUGGAUAAUGUACGUUCAUACAAGAACUUUGUUCUUUCUUAUGAUCAAAGGAAUCGUAUACCCCAUUGGGUUCUAGAACAUCUUACACCAGAAAGUGUAGAGUAUAAUCCUAAUGUAGAUAGAGCAUCAUGUGACUUUUAUGAAGAUAAAUCAUUUCAUGAGUUUUAUCGAGCUACAAAUAAAGAUUAUAAAAAUAGUGGUUUUGAUCGUGGACAUUUAGCUGCAGCAGGAAAUCACAAAUCAAGUCAAGAAUUGAUAAAACAAACAUUUGUUUUAUCAAAUAUUGCUCCACAAGUUGGUAAAGGAUUCAAUCGAGAUGCUUGGAAUAAUUUAGAAAAAUAUGUUAGGAAAAAAGCAAAACAUAAUAAAAAUGUUUAUAUUUGUUCUGGUCCACUUUUUUUGCCUAAAAAAGGUGAUGAUGGAAAAUUAUGGAUCAAAUAUCAAGUAAUUGGUGAUAAUCACGUUGCUGUUCCUACACAUUUUUAUAAAAUUAUUGUUACUGAAAGUACAGAGUCUAAAUUUUAUUUAGAAUGUUAUUUAAUGCCAAAUCAAGUGAUUCCAGACGAUAUACCAUUAAAAGACUUUCAAAUGCCUUUGGAAGUGAUAGAACGUGCAUCGGGACUACAAUUUUUCAAGAGAUUGACACUUGAUAAAUUUAUACAGCUUAAUUAAUAAUUCAAAUUGGCAUAACUUAGUAUUCAACACAUAUACAAUUAUGUGGAAUAAAUAUAUUAAUUGUAUGAACCAUAAUAAAAGUAUAUUUUUACCCUAAA